AAUCUCAUCGGGAUGGUUCUACGAGAAUUGAAAAUAAAAUGUAUUUUUUUUUUUAAAUUAUUAUUCAUAUCUCAAUCGGUCACCGUGGUGAAGUUUAACAAAAGUUCUUGACAUCGCAGCGACGAAGACAACGUCUACGUUCAGCAACUUCUCGUCGGCAUCGUCAUCGAGAUUCAUGUAGAGUACUGACGAGAGAAAGAGAAAAAUGUACAUUUUCGCGCUAGUCUCGUUAACGUCACUUGCACGAAUUUCACUUCCUGGAUUCUGUCGAAGAUGAAUGUCUACCCGUAAGAAGAUGACUUCCACGUUCCCGUGACAGUCGUGAUCGGGAACGAAGGUGCAAGCUCAGACAUUCCUGUAUAAUUAUCACAGCCGCAGGCAGAAAUUUAACGGGAGUAAUUAGCGCCAACACGUUGCCAACCUCUAAUCAGCGCUCGGCCCCCAUCCGAUCUCUCGUCCUCGUUUCACCCUCGAUUUGCGUCCGAGCAGCCAAUAACGCGGCAAUCGCUAAUUGGCCAAAUAAUUAAGAAGACGCAGUUCGCGAGGAAGCGAAGAGGUCAUCGGCGCCAAGCCGCAGCCUCGAGUAAGAGUAACGAGCAUCGUGACAAAAAUAAUUGAAAAGGACGUUAUGACGAACUUCCGUCAAACUCGCAUUUCGCCAGUACAAAAGUAUUUCCACUCCCUCGACGACGCUUUGCUUCCGCAAAAGAAUGUUAAAGUUGCCGUGACGGUAACCACUGGCUCUUUAAAGAUUCAUAUUCUCGUACAGUGGAACGCGUGAAAACUUCUGAUUCACAGAUUAAUGUAACAAUAACCAAGGGCAGCACGACAAGAUUCCACGGACGUUGGACAAUCAUACGUGAUAAAUCAUAAUCGUCAUCCACGUGAUUGAAAUAAUUUAUUUUACAGUCAAUCGAUUCUCGACUCCCUUGUUGUUACUUUUAUUUUAUUAAACGCACGGGGAACCUAAAGGGAUCUCUGAUGGUCGGCGGCAGUGACGAGCAAUACACAAGGGUGCACAGGUGCGCUCUCUGUAGAGAGAACCAGGAAACAUAAACUCCGAUUUAUAGAAUUCAGGGCUUCGUAGCUGUAACGCGUACUACAUCCCUCUACUGUAUAUAGCUAUAUAUGUAUAUAGCUUAUGGGCUGCGCGGUGCUAGUCUGCGUGGUACGUCGGGGGUCGAUACAGCGCGAGAGACACCCGCCGACCCGCACCAGCCGUACACGGCACCCCUAGCAAAACUACCAAUUCCUUUUGACCACCGCACGCAAAUGGAAGGCUCGAGUGCACACAAAAACGACACGACGGGAAACGGGAGGCCGGCUCCUCUCCUGGCAGAGCCUAGAUACGGUGCUGCGCCACAGCCCUAUGGCUCGACGCCACAAGUGGCAUUUCCACCUGGUUCCGGACACGACCGCUUCGAGGAAAGCUUUAACGGUCCAGCCACUUACGCGGAACCCUAUGCCGAAAGAUACGGGCUCAAAAAUGACUUUGGUGGCCGAGAACCGUUACAUCCCACGCCGCCUCGGCCAGGCUACGUACCCACUUUGGGUCAAACUCCGCCCUCUAGUACACAAGGUUCCGUGAUGAUGGUCUAUGGUUUACAACCUGACAAAGUCAAUACCGACAAGCUCUUCAAUUUGUUCUGCCUCUACGGAAACGUGACAAAGGUGAAGUUCCUCAAGACAAAAGAAGGCUGCGCAAUGAUCCAGAUGGGAGAUAGCAUAGCUGUCGAGAGGUGUUUACAGAAUUUAAAUAACGUUACUAUCGGGACUGAUGGAAAGUUGCAGCUUGGAUUCUCGAAACAGGCCUUCCUGUCUGACGUCACAAAUCCUUACAUACUCCCCGACAAAACAGCAAGUUUCAAGGACUUCACGGGUAGCAAGAACAACAGGUUUCUCAAUCCAGCGAUGGCCAACAAAAACAGAAUACAGCCUCCCUCGAAAAUAGUUCACUUUUUCAACACCCCACCCGAUCUCACCGAGGAGACGGUGAAUCGCGUCUUCAUCGAACGUGGAAUCGAGGCGCCGACAACGGUGAAACUUUUCCCUUUGAAAUCAGAACGAUCGUCCUCGGGCCUGAUCGAGUUCAGCAGCGUCGGCAUCGCGGUUGCCGCUAUUAUGGAGUGCAAUCACACCGCCCUGGAGAAUAGCAAUGGAAAAUUCCCUUACAUCAUGAAGUUAUGCUUCUCCUCGUCACGCACCAUACCCACGAGCUUCCCACCAAGCAGUGGAAGCACAUCGAGCAAUUCCGCCGGUAAUGGCCACGUCAAAAUGCAGCAAGACUCGGAAUAGAACGGCGAGGUCCAGGGCCAGCGUCAGCGUCAGCGCCAGCGCCCCUCUCUCGCCCUGCACCCAUUAUGUACCCCGACGGGUACAGCCCUGCAUCCAGCCGCAGCAGCAAUCACCCUGUCCCCUGUUUUGCCUCCCGUGCCUCCACCAUUACCGCCUACCUGUCUCCUCAUUGCAACACCUGCGUUAUAUUCUGCAGUACCGCCGCCACCGCCGCCACCUUUACCAACAUUUUGGCCGUAUUGAGAGAGUUCGGCCAACCGACUGAUUGACCGACCGACCGGAAGACCGACUGACGAAUUGAACGACCUCACGACUGAUCGACCUGCCUACUUAUAUUUUCUGCCGACCUAUUGACGACCGAUUGACCGAGCGGCCGUUUCCCAUAUCUAUAAGCGACACACAACGCAGCUAACACGCUACAAGGACCAAGAACUUUUCGAGAUACAAGAACUUGAGAGUAUGAUAGAACGUAAAUUAAUAAUGAUAGGGGAACGAGAGAAUUAACGGUACACCUACAGACAUUCACUACAAAAUACUGAUAUAUGAGAACCGAGGCCUCCUAUAUACUCCUAUCGUUUAGUACGGUUCGCCGUUUAUCCUAUUUCUUACCUACGUACCUCUUAUCAAUGUUCUCUUUUACUUUCAACCCUUUCAACGUUCGAUCUCUUAGUUCGGCUGUUCAGCCAUUUCUUCAUAUCCUUGCUCGAUUUGAAUCCUCGGUCGUGUAGAGAAGGCAGUAACGGGCCGGUGAUAAGCGGAUAUAUGUAUGUAUUAAUGGAAAAAUGAUCCGUGGCAGAAGAGCGUAAGAGUAAGUCAAGACUGUUUUGAAGCAAUCUGAAAAUUUAGAAAGCAUAUGUUUAAACACACGCAAACUUACACAUUAUACAGAAUUAUUCACCAUAAAAGCACCACCGGCUGGUGCGUUUACUAUGAAUAACUCUAUAUAAACGCACACGCAUUCGUAACCAUGUUAUACAUAUGAUGCGUAUUAAAAAAUAAUUGUACACGAAUCACAAUCGUAUAUUAACGCCACAGCUUUUUAUCGCAUGUACACUAUAAUUCUAUCGCGAUUUUGUAAACGUGACUCAUCGCUUUUUAUCGGAGUUCUCAGCUCGACGCACGCACAGGAACUCCGAUGAUAUGAACUCUGCUCCUCCUGCACUCUUUCUUGCGAGUGCCCUCUCCUGUUUACCGGAUGACACUUUUACGACUCCUGCAUGUACGGCAAUGGAACAUAAUUCUUCUUGUGGCAUCUCGUGUCGUCUUUUUAGCGUCUUGUGACGUUGUGCAGCAUUGAUUGCUCCUUCUCCGUGAGCAUUCAUCGGAUACAUAUCAAUAUUUCUAAGUGAAAACGAUCCAUACGAGUAAAUGCUGGACGUAUUCCUUAGAAAUUUUAUUGUGGGAUACUAUCGUCCGAUUCGCUUCCUUUGUUCCUAUUAAAAAAAAAAAAAAAAAAAAAAAAAA